CUGACCCUGAGCAGAGGCUCAGGCAGCUCUGAAAAAAAAAGAGGAAAGUUCUCAGCACAGCCCAAUGAAUAAAUAAUAAUAACGAAAAGGAGAAAACCCAAAGACGGAGAGAGACAAAAGAGAGAGGAAGGUGCCUCAGUCAAGGAGGUGAAGGAAGGCAGGAAGAGUCAGAAGAAGGUGAGCUGUCGGCACCCGUGGGUUGGGAAGGACAAGGGACUCCGGGACAUACCUACGUUGAGCUGGUGGGGAGGAAGGACACAGCAAAACGAGGGCACCCCAGCCCUAGGCAGGUAGAGGACGACUAAAGGCAAUUGGUAAAGGAGCUGGGGUAGGUGGCAGAAGUGAGGUUAAGGCAGUCAUAGAGUGUUGUUAAAAGUGUAGGGGUGAAAAACAAUGACAUGAAAGAAAAGACCAAAAAGAACAAAGUAGAAGAGGAGGAGGAGGAAGAGGAGGUAGUGGAAGAGGUAGUUGAGGAAGAUGGGGAAGAUGAAAGCCAGGAGAAAAAAAGCAAAGAGAAAUCAAAGUCUGAGGACUCAGAGAUUGAUGGGGAAGUGAAGAAAAAGAAAAAGAAAAAAACCAAGCGAAGAGAGUAUAGCAGUGAGGAUGAGGAUGACUAUGACCGCAGAAAGAAAAAGAAGAAAAAAGGCAAAAAAGGCAAAGAAAAGAAGAAGAAGAAAGGUGACAAGUCCAAGAAAGGAAAGACAGACGAGAAUUUUCUGGAGAUGUACGAACAGGAGCUUCGGGACUAUCAUUCGGACUCCUCCAAUGCAACAGAAGAUGAGUACAACAAAAAAAAAGUUUACGAGGUGGUGACAGUGACAGGAGAUGUCCGGGGAGCAGGAACUGAUGCCAACGUCUUUGUUACUCUCUUUGGAGAGCUUGGGAUUACUCCCAAGACUCAUCUCACCAGCAAGAGCAGCACGGCCUUUGAGAGGAGCAAAACAGAUGUGUUCCGAGUAAAAACCAACAAUGUCGGACAAAUAAAGAAAAUAAGGAUUGAGCAUGACAACACCGGACUGAACGCGGGCUGGUUCCUCGACCGUGUGAUCGUGACCGACAUGAACAGACCUCACCUCCGGUUUUACUUCCCCUGCAACAACUGGCUGAGCAAGGAGGACGGGGACGGACUGUACGUCAGAGACCUCAUUGGCAGCCUGAAUCCCAUGGAUGUGCCCAAAAUCAACAAAUACGUGGUCCGAGUUUUUACUGGUGAAGUUAGCGGCAGUGGUACAGACGCGGAUGUCUUCAUUAAUAUCUUCGGUGAGAAAGGAGACACAGGUGUGAGGAAACUGGACAAUGACAAAGACAACUUUGAAAAGGGAGCGGAGGACAAGUUCACGCUUGAUGCUCCGAAUUUGGGAAGGUUAAGGAAAAUUAAUAUAGGGCAUAAUAACAAGGGUGGCUCUGCUGGCUGGUUCCUCGCAAAGGUGAUCAUUGAAGACAUUGGCAAUAAAUGUGUGUACCAAUUCCCAGUUGGACGUUGGUUUGCUUUAGAUGAAGAUGAUGGAAAAAUCCAGAGGGACAUUCUUGUUGGGGGCACCGAAGCCACAGGUAUUGUGUACAACGUUGCUGUAGUGACAGGAGAUAUCAGAGGAGCUGGCACAAACUCCAAGAUCCACGUAAUCCUCCAUGGCUCCAAAGGCUUAAAGAACAGUGGGAAGAUUUUCCUGGAAGGAGGUGAAUUUGAGCGUGCCAGGACAGAUCUCUUUAACGUGGAGAUAGCUGCUCUUCUCAGCCCUCUCAGCAGAGUCACCAUUGGGCAUGAUAAUUGCGGCGUCAGUUCUGGCUGGUUUUGCGAGAAGGUGGUUGUUUACUGCCCAUUCACUGGUAUUGAGCAAACCUUCCCGUGUGGGAAAUGGCUGGAUGAAGAUGAAGGAGAUGGUCUCAUAGAGCGGGAACUCUACGAAAUGGUGUCCCUGCGCCAGAGAAGACUGAAAAAAAGCCCCUGGUCUCUGUGGAUCUGGACAAGUGACAUUAAGAACGCAGGGACAGAUGCCACCAUCUUCUUCCAGAUUUAUGGAGACAAGGGGAAGUCGGAUGAGAUGAAGCUGGACAACAAUUCAGACAACUUUGAAACUGGGCAGACCGACAAGUUCAUGAUCGAGCUCCCUGAUCUGGGCACAUUUUAUAAGCUUCGGAUAUGGCACGAGAAAAGAAAUCCCUUUGCUGGCUGGCAUCUGAAUAAGGUAACUCUGCUGAAAACGCUGACAAAAGAAAAAUACUCAUUCAACUGCGGCCGCUGGCUAGAUAUAAAUGAAGACGACAAUGAGAUUGUGCGGGAGCUCCCUGCGGAGGGAUCUCUAGUGACUGAAGUCAUGCCAGUGAUAAAAUACCGGGUGACGGUUUGCACUGGGACGGUAAGUGGGAGCGGCACAGAUGCCAACGUCUUUGUCUGCCUCAUCGGCGACCAGGGAGACACGGGAGAGCGCGUUCUCUACAACUGCAUCAACACUGUCAAUAAAUUUGAAAAAGGCAACGCUGAUGAAUUCUUCGUCGAAGCAGUAACGCUGAAGCAGGUGAGGAGGGUGAGGAUAGGGCAUGAUGGCAAAGGAGGAAGCAGUGGCUGGUACCUUGCCAAAGUGAUAGUGAGGGAAGAAGGACAGCCAGAAAGUGAGGCUGUGGAAUUCCCCUGCUACAGAUGGCUUGACAAAAAUGAGGAUGAUGGUCAGAUUGUCCGAGAAUUAGUGCCCGCUGGGGAGUCACCAAUGCUAAAAAAUGUCAGUUAUCACAUCAGCGUGAAGACGGGAGAUAUCCCCGGUGCCAGCUCAGACUCCAAAGUUUUCAUCAAACUCUAUGGUGAAAAAGCAGACUCCAGCAAAGAGCCUCUCUUAGUCUCGGAUAAUGAUCUAGGCAAUUAUUUUGAACGUGGUCGAGUGGAUGAGUUUACUCUAGAUACGAUGGAUAUUGGGAAGAUCAACCGAAUACUGAUUGGACACGAUAACGUGGGUCUCCGGUCUGGCUGGUUCCUGGCCAGUGUCCAGAUCACGGUUCCAGUCCAGGGAAGGCAGUACAUGUUCCCCUGCAACCGAUGGCUCGACAAAGAUGAGGCUGAUGGCAGGGUGGAGGUGGAGGUCUACCCAAGUGAGAUUGUGCCUAUUGAGAAAUUGAUAAACUAUGAGGUGACUGUAGUUACUGGAGACAUGCGGGCCGCAGGCACCAAUGCCAAAGUCUUCAUGCAGAUUUACGGCGAGACUGGCAAAACUGAAUUGAUCGUCUUAGAAAACAGAUCAAACAACUUUGAACGGGGAGCCACAGAUAUCUUCAAGAGAGAGGCUGCAGAUGUUGGCAAGAUUUAUAAGAUCCGGAUAGGCCACGAUGGGAAAGGCAUUGGGGAUGGCUGGUUCCUGGAAAGCGUCACGCUGAAGCGGCUUGCCACGAAGACGAAGGAGUCUGAUAAAAAGAAGAAGAAGAAAAAGAAGUCUGAUGAGGAGGAAGAAGAGGAGAUCACGGUGGAAGAAGUAAUGGAUGUCUAUACGUUUGUGGCACACCGCUGGUUGGCUAAAGACGAAGGAGAUAAGGAGCUUGUGGUGGAGCUGGUGCCUGAUGGAGAAUCUGCUCUGGAGGAGAACACAUACGAAGUCCAUGUUCUCACUGGGAAUGUGUGGGGGGCUGGGACGGAUGCUAACGUCUUCUUGAGCAUCUAUGGUGUAGGAAGAGGAGACACGGGUGAGCGCCAGCUGAAAAGGUCGAAUAACCUCAACAAGUUUGAAAAGGGCCAGGUGGAUGUGUUCACCAUCAAAGCCGUUGACCUGGGUGAGCUGAAGAAGCUGCGGAUCCGCCACGAUAACUCUGGUGCUAGCCCAAGCUGGUUCCUGGAGAGGGUAGAGAUUGUUGACCUCAAGGAGAGCACCACGUAUUAUUUUCCAUGCCAGCGGUGGUUAGCAGUUGAGGAAGAUGACGGUCAGAUUGUCAGGGAGCUGGUCCCAGUGGAUGAAGCAUUUGUAAAGAAAGAUUCGGAAAAUGAUGGCCAGUCUCUUGCAACGCUGGGCCUGGAACAGAAAGCUAAAUCAACAACAUACACAGUGAAAGUGAAAACCGGGGACAAGAAGAAUGCUGGGACAGAUGCCAAUGUCUUCAUCACUCUCUAUGGAAGUAAAGAUGAUACAGGGAUAGUCAGCCUAAAGGCCUCAAAGAUUAACAAGAACAAGUUUGAGCGUGGGAAGGUAGAUGAGUUUACAGUGGAGUCUGUGGAAAUUGGAGACCUGAAAAAAAUCAAGAUAGGCCAUGACAAUAAAGGUAAUUCAACUGGCUGGUUUCUGGAAUGGGUGGAGAUUGAUGCCCCAUCACUGGGACAGUGCCUCAAGUUCCCUUGUGGCCGUUGGCUGGAUAAAUCGGAGGAUGAUGGAGCCAUUGAGAGAAUUAUCUUCCCUGCAGGACUGCAGACAACAGAGUAUAUCCCAUUUGUUCCUUACGAGAUCACAGUCUACACCAGCGAUAUCUUUGGAGCUGGCACGGAUGCGGAUGUCUUCAUUGUUCUCUAUGGAAGCGAUGGGAUCUGCACUCAGCAGAAAUCCUUGUGCCUCAACAAGAGAGAGCAAAGGAUGUAUUUUGAAAGGAACUCGGUGAAUCAAUUCAUUGUGGAGCUGGAGGAUGUUGGUGACAUUAUUGAAAAGAUUCGCAUAGGACACAAGGGUGGAGGACUGAACUCUGGAUGGCAUUUGGACCGUGUGACGAUUCGGAGACUCUUACCAAAUGGAAAGGGCUCAGAAACUGUCACAUUUCCAUGUGAAAGAUGGCUUGCAAAAUCUGAAGAUGACGGCGAGAUUGUCAGAGAACUGGUACCAUCUGAUAUUUUUACUGAAAAACUCAUGAAGGACGGGACGCUCAAGCAGAUAGAGGAAGAAGUUGAAGAUGCAUUAGAAGUUCACACGUACAAGAUAAGUGUGUUCACUGGAGAUAUCUAUGGUGCUGGGACAGACGCUAAUGUUUUCCUAAAUAUCUACGGAGAUCUGGGGGACACAGGAGAGAGAAAACUCAGCAAAUCUGAAACAAACUUCAACAAGUUUGAAAGAGGACAGGAGGAUACGUUUACUAUACAGGCCGUGGACCUUGGCAUUUUGUACAAGAUCAAGAUUCGUCACGACAAUAGCAUGUUCAGUCCUGACUGGUUCCUGGAAAAAGUAGAGAUCCUGGAUGAGACCACAGAGGAGUCGUUCGUUUUCCUAUGUGAGCGCUGGCUCUCUAAAAAGAAAGAGGACAAAAAGAUAGAGCGUACGCUUUAUGAACAGACCUAUGACGGUGAGCGAAACAGCCUGGAUGGUUCGUCUGUCAGCCUGUCGAGUCAGGACAGCAAUGAGAACGUGAAGGAGACGAAAAAAUCCAGCUUGGUCAAGGCGGCAGAAAAAGGAUCAUUGAUCCCGUACCACAUCACCGUCACGACGGGCACAGAAUAUGACUCCAGCACCGACAGCCGAGUAUACAUCAUCAUCAUGGGUCCUCAGAAAGUGCAGACGGAGAGGCUGUGGCUGGAUCUCCCAGAAGGAAAAGACGAGUUUGCAGAUGGUUCUGUAGAGAAAUUCUCUGUUUGGGGCCUAGAUGUCGGAGACAUCAAAAAAGUAGAGGUGGGGCAUGACGGUGCUACUCCCGAGAGCUGCUGGCUGGUGGAAGAGCUCACCAUAGUCGUGCCCACCAAAGGCGUCAUGUAUAACUUUGUCUGUAAGUGCUGGCUGGCCAGAGACAAAGGUGAUGGACUCACCUCACGAAUCCUCAACAUCCUGGAUGCGGACUGCGUUAACGUUGGCCUCAAGAUCCUCUACGAAGUCAUGGUUGUGACUGGAGACAUCGAAAGCGGCGGUACCGACGCCAGUAUUUUCAUGACUGUCUUCGGAUCCAAUGGGAACACUGAGGAGAUGCAGCUGGAAAAAAAUGGAGACAGGUUUGAGCGAGGCCAAGAGGACAGUUUUAUUAUGGAGAUCGCCGAUAUCGCACCCCUCAGGAAGAUGAGGAUCCGGAUGGAUGGGAAGGGGACUCGCCCGCACUGGUUCCUGGAAAGGAUCAUCUUGAAGAACCUGAGUAAUCAAGAAGUGGCCACGUUUACCUAUGGUGAAUGGCUGUCAAAGCUGAAAAAUGCCAAGGGAAGUCUUGUGUGUGAGAUGCCAGCUGUCAUAAAUGACGAGCAGAUGAUGGAGGACACAACAUACACUCUUCAGGUUAAAACCAGUGAUGUUGGAGGAGCAGGCACUGACGCCAACGUGUCCUUGAUCCUGUUUGGGGAGAAUGGGGACAGCGGGACCCUGGCUUUGAAGGAGUCCAACAAGUCUAACAAGUUUGAGAGGAACCAGAUGGAUGAAUUCAACUUCUCGGACAUGUUGAGCCUGGGAGAUCUCUGCAAAGUGCGGAUCUGGCACGACAACAAAGGAAUCGCACCAGGUUGGCACUUGGAAUAUAUUGACGUGAAGGACUCCGCCAUGGACAAGACAUUUCGCUUCCAGUGUGAUCGCUGGCUGGCUAAAGGUGAAGACGAUGGGCAGCUCAUAAGGGAACUGGCUUGUGCCAAUAACGACAUCCUGGAACUGAAGGAGCGGACCGCCUAUGAGAUUGUCACAGUAACAAGCGACAGAGAAGAUGCAGAAACAAAGGAAAACAUCUGGAUCAUCUUAGAAGGAAAGCUGGGCCGCUCGAAAGAAUUCCUUAUGGAAAACUCUUCCAAGAAAAGGAGAUUUGAAAGGGGAGCAACAGACACCUUUCAGUUUUCUUCAAAGAACGUUGGUGAGAUUGCAGCCAUCUGUGUUGGUCACUGCCCAAAAGAUGGGAAGAAGUCAUCUGCAAAAGCUGAUGUCUUCUGGCACGUCCAAGAGAUUGUCGUAACGGAGAUGGAGCUUUGCAACAAAUACUUUUUCAGGUGCAAUGUGAAAAUCCCUCUGCGUUACAAGAGACGGGACUACAAAGUCUUUGAGUGUGCCAAGGUCACCGAGAGCUUCGCCAGCAAAGCCCGGAGCUUGGUGCCAGUCAAAUACGAGACCAUCGUGGUCACAGGCUUUGAAAAGGGCGCGGGGACCGACGCCAAUGUGUUCAUCACCAUCUUUGGGUUGAACGGGGACUCGGGAAAGCGGGCGCUGAAGCAGAAGUUCAGGAACCUCUUUGAGCGGGGCAAAACCAACAGGUUUUACCUGGAAACACUGGACAUGGGGGAGCUAAAAAAAGUCCGGAUUGAGCACGACAACAGCGGUCUGGCACCGGGCUGGCUGGUGGAGCGGGUGGAGAUCACCAACUCGGCGACUGGUGUGACCACCAUAUUUCCCUGUGGGAAGUGGCUGGAUGAAAACCGGGGCGAUGGGUUAAUCUGGAGGGAGCUUUUUCCUAGGUACUGAGGCUGCAGGAGGGGUUUGGUCUCUUCUGCAUGCACAUUUUUCUCAGUAUAUACUGUUUUAUAUUGCAUUUUACUUUUUAAAUCGCUGCCUUUUAUAUUGAGAGAUUUUUAGUAGCAAGAUGUGCUUCCUGGGUUAACAUUUUGUAAAAGUAAUACUGCUUUUUUUAAGGUGCAUAUAAAAUUGUGAAUGAAAUAAA